AUUAGUUUAACUAACGUAAACCUGACAGGAUGAGUGGCCGCGGAAAAGGAGGAAAAGGACUCGGCAAAGGAGGCGCUAAGCGUCACCGUAAAGUGCUCCGUGAUAACAUCCAGGGCAUCACCAAACCCGCGAUCCGCCGUCUGGCUCGCCGCGGCGGAGUGAAGCGUAUCUCCGGUCUGAUCUACGAGGAGACCCGCGGUGUGCUGAAGGUCUUUCUGGAGAACGUGAUCCGUGACGCCGUCACGUACACCGAGCACGCUAAGAGGAAGACGGUGACCGCCAUGGAUGUGGUGUACGCUCUGAAGAGGCAAGGCCGCACUCUGUACGGCUUCGGAGGCUAGAGACCAACGACUGAUAUCAAGACAACACAACGGCUCUUUUAAGAGCCACCCAACACUCCUAAAGAGCUCUUAACCUGUUUCAUCAGAACCGGUGGUGGCUGGUCAAUAGAGGGUGUUGGGGCGCAUCCCCGCCUUGAGCC